AUUCCAGAUAUGGAUAUGAUUAUCCCAGAAACCGACAGUUUCUUCUUCCCAUCUCAACCGCAACUGCAGUUUGAUCAGCCAUUGUUUCAAGAAGAAGCUCCUUCACUGAGCCUUCUAGAGCUAACUCACUUAGACUCCUUCUGUGACCAGUACCUUCCUCCACAAGAAAUAUUUCUUCCUUACCCUAAAGCUGAAACAUUCGAGGAAACACACAACAUGGAUUCCUUCCUUCCCACGUCAAAGCGCCAGAGACUCUGUAAAUCAAGCCAUUGUAACACUCACAACCCUUUCCCAAGCCCUAACCUUGAUUUCGGUCCAGAAGCUUCCAUCUUCCCGGAGUUUCGAGUUCCGGAUUUUCCCUUAGCGUUCGAGGCAGGCCGAGGAGAUCAAGAAGGCACCAAGAAACCAACCCUUUCAUCUCAGAGCAUUGCGGCUCGGGAGAGGAGAAGAAGAAUUGCGGACAAGACUCAGGAGCUCACGAAACUCAUCCCCGGUGGUCAGAAACUUAACACAGCUGAGAUGUUCCAAGCCGCCGCUAAGUAUGUCAAGUUCUUGCAAAGCCAAGUUGGUAUUCUUCAAAUGAUGCAGACCACGAAGAAGGGUAUCUCUAAUGCGGAAAUAGAAGCUCAGGUGUUGCUUGGGUCACAAGCAAUCCAGGAGAAGCUAUCAACGGAGGAAGUAUGUUUGGUUCCCUGUGAAAUGGUUCGUGAUCUAACAAGUGAAGAAUCCAUUUGGAGAAACCCUAAGAUUUCUCGUGAGAUCACCAAGUUACUGUCUACAGAUCUGGCUAAUUAG